AUGGGUGACUGUGACUGUGAUCAUGAUGAUGAUGAUGAUGAUGAUGAUCACCAUGAUGAUGAUGGUGAUGAUGAUGGUGUUCAUCACCUUCGUGAUGUUCAUGUUGAUGUGAAUGAUCCUCGCUCAUUGUGUAUCUCUAUCUACAGAGAUGUCUGCUGGCGAAUUGAGCUUGAGCUGGGACGCAAGGCACCUGGAAUAUUGUUGGCUGUUGUUGCAUUAGGAGCUCCAGAGGUCGCCUCGCGGGGUACUGAUAAACUCUUGGAACCAGCGCCCAUUGGCCUCAAUGAGACCUACCGACCAAUGCAGGGGGUUGCCUUGGUGAUAGUCAUUGGUGAUCCUUCCGAUCAAUCUCCAGCCGACAAGGAUGUCCUUCUUAAGCUUGAUGGCCACAUUUCGAGACCUAGGUCCAACGAUACGAUUUUCAUGCGGAAGAUUGACUCCGAGGUGGAGCUCUAUUCCUACGAUUGA